AGUUCUAUUGGCACAGUGAUCUACGUCUUAUGUUUCUAUAAUUUUUCGUUGUAAAUACUUCCUCUUCUGCUUUUCUGAAUUAAUUUCUUUCUAUGGAUUUCAUCAAGUAAUAAAUAGACUUCAAUUAGCAUGGUUACUGUGGAGACUAAAUAGGCAAAUAUAUGUAAGUCUGAAAGGGCACAAUCACAUUUUAUACAAGUUUGACUUUCUUUUUUUUCCCCGAACCUCAGGUGCAAAUGGGUGAGUUAAUGAUCCCUUUGUUCAUGAUGCUUUUGCAUUAUUUCUCCACGAAAUACAUUCAGUUAUUCUUGAUGUCAGGGGGAAAUUGGUUUAUAAAAGUCCAUGAAUUGAUUAACACCCUUGUAAUCUUAGUUGCUUGAUAUCCAAGUCUAGGGGGGACCAGAGAGCAGGAGGGGACUGAGGCUUCAGAGAGCUGCCAUGGAUACUGGAGAACCAUUGCUAGGGCAUACAGCAAGAAAAACGAAAUCUGAGAAAUUCCGCAGUGUUCGUCUACAGGUGGAAAACAAACCCUAUGUGUGUCAUGAGUCCGGAAGCCCUCUGCUCUGGAAUCAGGGAGGGAACUGAAGAAUUCUGAAUGCCAUAGGCUACUGAAUGCACACAAUGCAAUGUUUAUCAUGUUCUGAUUUGUAAGAGAUCUGUAUUUUGACCUUUGUUUUCAGUCACAGCUAUAAUCUGACAUUUGACCCUGGGAUAGGAGUACCACUUACACCCUGUUCUUAGUGUGCACCACUUGUGGUUUGUUGGGCAAGGGGGUCACACCCAGGUGAAGGUCUGGGGGCAAAUUGUGCACAGUACUGGAUCUCAUGGCUUCUUUCUCCAUCCUCAGCUUUGCCUGCGUAGUGCUUGGACUGUCUGUGAGUGAGAACCCAGAGAAAGAUACCUGGCAACUGACUUGUCGACAAUGCAGGCACCGGAAUCAGUGACAUUUGAAGAUAUAGCUGUAGACUUCACCAAGGAAGAGUGGGCCCUGCUGGACGCAUCCCAGCGAAAGCUGUUCAGAGAUGUGAUGCUGGAAAGUAUCAAUCAUCUGAUCUUUCUGGAGAAUAAUAGCUGCAAAAGAUCCUUCCGGUUGGAGCAAGAAGGAGAGAUGCAGAGUGAAGGAACUGGGUUUCUCCAAGAGCACAGUCCAGCUGAGUGCCAAUUUCUGAAAGAUACUCACCUGGACUUUGGUGAUUUUCUACAUUUUUAUUCCACUAAUGCCAUUCUAACAAUUUAUAUUUUUUCAAUUAUUCUAGACAUGGGAAGUCUCCGCAAAAAACAAGAAAUGAUAUUAACACGACAUAUCCACAAGAAGGGCAUGGCCCUGACUGUGCCAAAGCGUAAAUCUCUUGCUCCAGAGAAUCCCGUUGAAUGCACUGAUUUGGGUGAUGCAUUUACUCAGAGAUCUGCAUUGACUCAACAUUUGUUAAUUCACCUCAGGAGGAAACGUUACGUCAGCAAACAGUGUCGAAAAUCACUUAGUGAACAAUCAUCCUUUACUCGACAUAACCAAAUUCACACACAAGGCAAAUUAUAUAAAUGUCAUGUGUGUGGGAAAGCCUUUAGUAAUUGCUUUUGCCUUAGGAGACAUGAGAUGAUUCACACUGGAGAGAAACCAUUUAAAUGCCAUCUUUGUGGGAAAGGCUUUGUGCAAAGCUCUGACCUUAGGAACCACAACCAAACACACACAGGGGAGAGGCCAUAUGAAUGCCACGUGUGUGGGAAAGCUUUUCGUCAGAAUUCGUACCUGAGACAGCAUGAGAAUAUUCACACAAGAAAGAAAUCAUACGAAUGCCAUCUGUGUAAGAAGGCUUUCAGUCACAGAUCCUACCUUAGAAAACACGAGAGAAUUCAUUCUGGAGAAAAAUGUUUCCAAUGUCAUGAAUGUAAGAAAACGUUUAGUCAGAGCUCUGGCCUUAGCCAGCACAAGAGAAUCCACACUGGAGAUAAACCACAUGUGUGUCUUCUGUGUGGGAAAGCCUUCAUUCAAGGUUCAGAACUCAGACGGCACGAGAGAACACACACAGGGGAGAAGCCAUAUGAAUGUCACCAGUGUGGGAAUGCCUUCAGUCAAUAUUCUAACCUUCGACGACACAAGAGAACGCACACUGGAGAGCAACCAUAUGCAUGUCAGCUAUGUGGGAAAGCCUUCAGACAUUAUUCUUCCCUUAGACGACAUGAGGGAACCCAUCCCCGUGGAGAAAAUCAUGAAUGCAAUGAAUGUGGAAGAAGUGUCAGUCACAGCUUUCACAGUGACACUCACCACAGGAUGCACAUAUGGAAGAAACGGCCUGCAGUCAAUAUGGGAGAUGCUUCGAUCCUCAUGCUCCUCCCUCAAGAAAUGUAUUUGCAUUUGGAAGUGAAUUCAUAUGUAUGCCGUCCACAUGGCAAAGCCUUUAGUCACUGGGCUGACCUCAGAUAACACAGCAGAACUUAUGCUGUAAGUAUAAUGACACAGAUGUUUCCAGCAAAGCGCUCAACUUGAAAGAUACUAGAGCACUUACCGGGAAUUCUUGUCAAGCAUGAGCAAACUCCACACGGGAGAACCCUUUGGUCUGUAAUCACUGCGAAAGAAUAUUUAGCUAAAUACCUGGUGUGGUGAGCGUAAGAAAAGUCCGUGAAGGAAUAAACACUAAGGAUGUAAGAGGAUGAAGCCUCUGAGGAAUACCAAACACUUCUUGCAGAUAAUUCAGGCCUGAGAAGUUAUUCAAUGUAAAAUCGUGGGAAAUCCUUUAUUCAAAGAACAACUCUUGCGGCACAUGUGAAGAUUCUGACUGUACGAAACACUCGCAGGGUCACGAGUGAAGAGGAGUCUUCAGUGUCCCUUAUUUCUUAGUCAACAGUAAGGUUCUCACACUGAGAAGAUAGCAGUCCUGAAAUCAGAGUAAACUUCAGCCAGAUUUUGUAUCAGAAAAAAGAGUGUGUGCAUGGGUGUGUGUGUGUGUGUGUGUGCGCGCGCACGCGUGAGUGGUGGUAUUGCUACAUAUGAAAGUGUCCUUUAGUACUUGGCAAGUCAUCGAGACUUUGAGAAAAUACCUGUUUGUGGAAAAUGUGGCAUGGACUAUAGGAGAGUGACAUGGUCUGGCAAGAUCGAAUGUAGGAUUUUGUAAGAAGUUAAACGUUUACUGUCGAUCAGCACUUGCAAAUCUUGAAACAAUAAAACCUGUUGCUAAAGAAGUGAAA